UCUCUCUCUCCCAGCUGAGGGGUGGAGGCAGACGGCCGAUGCCUUUUCAGCGGAGAGAGGAUGGAGGAAAGGGGGAAUUAGUGUCUCCUCUUUAGUCGGUGUUCGCAGAGCGUCUUGGUCAUCGCGAAACUGGAGAUUUUGUAUUAUUAUUAUCAUCUUUCAUGGGAUCAACAGAAGCUUAAAAUGACCCGGGGACUGAUCACUGAUCUGCUGCUGCACAAGGCUUGAAUCCACCCAGAAACCCCAUGGAGCAGGAUGUGGAGAGCCCAGCCAUCACCAGACCGUCCAAGCUGCCGAAGCAGGCCCGAGAGGACCUGCCCAAAAAGCUGGCAGAAAUGGACCGAGCCAAGAGGAUCCAGCGGUACGUCCAGAAGGACGGGAAGUGCAACGUUCACCACGGGAACGUACGAGAGACGUACCGCUACCUGACGGACAUUUUCACCACGCUGGUCGACCUCAAGUGGAGGUUCAACCUCUUCAUCUUCGUGCUUGUAUACACGGUGACGUGGCUCUUCUUUGGCUUCAUGUGGUGGCUUAUCGCCUACCUCCGGGGUGACCUGGACCAUUUAGCAGACAACCAGUGGACUCCGUGCGUCAAUAACCUCAACGGGUUUGUAUCAGCCUUUCUGUUCUCCAUUGAGACGGAGACCACCAUUGGUUACGGAUACAGAGUGAUCACGGACAAAUGCCCCGAGGGAAUACUUCUGCUUUUAGUUCAGUCAGUGCUGGGAUCUAUCGUGAAUGCCUUCAUGGUGGGUUGCAUGUUCGUCAAGAUCUCGCAGCCCAAGAAACGCGCUGAGACACUAGUGUUUUCCACCAAUGCGGUCAUCUCCAUGAGAGAUGGACGGCUGUGCCUGAUGUUCAGAGUCGGAGACCUCCGAAACUCGCACAUCGUCGAGGCUUCAAUCAGGGCCAAACUUAUCAAGUCUAAGCAGACCAAGGAGGGGGAGUUCAUCCCUCUGAACCAGACGGACAUAAAUGUGGGUUACAACACAGGGGACGACAGGCUCUUCCUGGUGUCGCCUCUCAUCAUCUGCCAUGAGAUAAACCAGAACAGCCCCUUCUGGGACAUCUCGCAAGCCCACCUGGCCAAGGAGGAGCUGGAGAUCGUGGUGAUCCUGGAGGGGAUGGUGGAGGCCACAGGCAUGACCUGCCAGGCGAGGAGCUCAUACGUCAGCAGCGAGAUCAAGUGGGGCUACCGCUUCACGCCCGUCCUGACGCUGGAGGACGGCUUCUACGAGGUGGACUACAACAGCUUCCAUGACAUCUACGAAACCAACACGCCCGCCUGCAGUGCCAAAGAGCUCGCUGACAUGGCCAGCCGCGCCCGCCUGCCCCUCACCUGGUCUCUGGGCAGCAAGCUGAGCCAGCAGGGGCUCCUGGAGUCCGAGCAGGAGGGUCAGGAGACUAAAACCGACCCGGACAGCGAGCAGGGGAAGAGCCAGCAGCAGACGGAGAGGAACGGGGACAUUGCCAACCUGGAGAGUGAGUCCAAAGUGUAGCCGGUGUGCGUUAGGCUGAAUUCUUAAUAUGAGAUGUACUGGACUGUAAUGUAGGUCUCCUGCUGCCGGAGAGACCACACAACGAGGACCAAUGAGCACAGUAGACCAAGUAUCCCUGCACCUAGAUCCGCUUUUUUCUCAGUGACCCCCCCCCACCCCCAAAUAAAAACAACAACAACAACAAAAACAACACGUUGACAUGUGGCCCACCGCUGCUGGACUGAAAACCCUCUGCGGCAAGUGCAUGUUUCAAAUAUAAUGUGAUGUCCUCCUGACCAGAUUCCUAUUAUUUUUUCUAUUAAGAUAUUCCUAGGGGCAUUUGCAUACGUAUUUUUGUAUAUACUACAAAAUGUUUUAAAUUCUUCGUUUUGUUGCGGUGCGAAUAUUUGACAGCUGUUUGAUACUAAUAAUUCCUUUAGGUGAGUUUCUGUAUAUAUUCUAUGCCUUACUGUAUGUAUAAAGCUUUCAUCAUUUGUUUUUCAGAAAUAUUUAAGCAUGUAUAAACAUUACCUGCCGUUAAUUUAUCUUGUAUUGUGUAUAUACUGUACGACGAUAAUGCUAUAAGGAAAAACGUACAUCUCAAUGGAUGCAAACUCUAGUUUAAACCAAUGAUAAAAUUUCUUCCCCAAAUGAUAAAUGUUUGUUUAAGGUAGUAUUACACGAAGCCAUGACUUGCUGUUUACAGCUGACUGACUUCAGACAAUGGCCCUUUAAAAACUGCAUCUUGUCACUUUUGCACACUGGAGGCCUCUGGUGGAGAAAGUUUGUCGCUAUUUCAGUCUCCAGAAUCCCUCACGUGUCACCUAACAGUAUAAACAAUAAAUAAACCGUUGCUUAUUAUGCA